GCCUCUGCGGAUGCCGUAGUCAUGUGAUUUGAACUGGCAUUGUUGCCAGGGUCAGCCAUGGCUCCGGACUCCUGGUUAUCGGUGUAUGAUUCCACUUACCUGAUCGCCCAAGAAAUUGCUGAAAAAAUUCAAGAACGCAACAGAUGUCAGAGGAAUGGUGAAAGUACAGCUAAGUACAGUGUUGCCAUCAGGUCACUACUGCAGAAUCUUAAAGAAAAGACAGAUCAUCUGAAGGACCUGCUGUUUCGCUCUGUUUCAACAUGUCAGAUAACACAGCACGAAGGAGAUAGACGACAGAAUUUAUUGGAUGAUCUUCUCACACGACAUGGACAACUUCAAGCAUCCUUCAGGAAUGAAAACACAGAACCAGAUGUGAUAAGAUCCACCCUAAUGACAGGAGGGGUCAAACGAGGUACAACAAACCCAUGGCUUGUGGAAGAGCCCGAGGAAACUAGGGGCCUUGGCUUUGCUGAUAUCCAGCAGCAGCAACAGAGAAUCAUAGAAGAGCAGGAUGCCGGUCUCGAAGCUCUCUCUUCAAUCUUAUCUCGGCAAAAACAGAUGGGGCAAGAAAUUGGGAAUGAACUGGAAGAACAGAAUG